AUGCCUUUGAUCACGGAGAAACCCUCGUCGACGCAGCCAAAUGGCACAACACAAUCUCUCAGGUCAAGAUCCUCGACAACCCCUUCGCGAGAAACGACAUCGAUGCAAACUUCAGCGAUCGCUGAGCCUGUCCGCGGUCCGGCUGAAGUAAAGGCCGUUCCAGCAUGGAGAUUCGCAUGCCUCAGUUUUGGUCUAGGCAUCGGCCUCUUCAUGUCCUUCAUGGACGGCUCCAUCACCUCAACAGCCAUAUACAGCAUCGGAGCUGAAUUCGGCUCCAUGACCAAAAUCACCUGGAUCGCUCUGGCCUACACUCUUGCAGACGUCGGACUGGCAAUCGUCUUUACCUCUGUGGCGAAUAUUCUCGGCCGAUUCAAUACGUACCUCGUUGCGCAAUUCAUGUUCUUUGCGUUUUCGUUUGGCUCCGGAUUCGCGCAGACGGAGGAUCAGCUCAUCAUCUGCCGCACUUUUCAAGGCAUCGGUGGUUCUGGGCUGUACACUAUUGCUCUGAUCAUCUGGCAAGAAGUGAGCACUUUGCAGACGCGGAAGUUUAUCGGUGGCGCAAUCGGGAUGUGCAUUGCUUCUGGCGGCGUCAUGGGUCCGAUUCUAGGCGGGAUUAUCACUCAGAAUGCUUCGUGGAGAUGGAUCUUCUGGAUCAAUCCGCCGAUCAUGGUCCUUUCGACCACCCUCUUCAUCGUAGCCUAUCCUCACGGCUGCGGUCGUCUGCGUCCGGCAAGCUUCGCAAGCGUCUACAAGGUCGACUGGUUGGGAACAUUGCUGCUAAUCGGAGGCUGUGUGCUGCCCUGCUUCGCACUCAUGCACGCCGCCGAAGUCCCAGGAUCAUGGAACACAGGCUCGUUCAUCGGAUCAAUGGUCGGUGGACUCAUCAGCUGGAUCCUGCUCGUGGUAUGGGGUGUCUACCACACGACUAAAAUGCCCGGCCGUCUCGACGCAGCUUUCCCGCCUCAUCUCUUUCGGAACCGGAGAUAUGCUGCUACGACCGCUGGGUCUCUUCUCAUCGGUCUCGGCUACGUCGCAUGCUUGUUCAGCAUCCCAUUGCGUGUCCAGACGGUGCACGGCAAAGGUCCAUUGAUCGCUGGUCUCACUUUACUCCCCCUGCUGUGUUGUUCGGCGGUCGGCAGCAUCAUGGGCUCUGUCCUCUCGCCCACUAAAGACCGAUUCGGUCCCACGAUCAUGGUCGGCUCCGCUAUCAUGGCUCUUGGAACCGGUCUUCUCGCCAUCCUGGACGACUCAGCUGCCAUUGACCCGAAGAUCUACGGCUUCCAAUGUCUCGUAGGACUUGGAUUCGGUAUGACUGCGAGCGCAUCGACCUUGGUCGCCAACAUCGAAUCCAAAAUGAAAGACCACGCCGUGGCUCAAGGCAUCACCGCCGCGGCGAGAGUGUUUGGUGGAGCCGUGGGACUGGCAGCUUCGACGACGAUAAGAGGCGACGACGUUCGGAUAAAAUUGGCCAGCAUCUCGUCGGCUGCGUUGCAGAACCUGCAUCUGUCGUACAAGAAUGGAGACUUGACGGACGAGCAAAUCCUAUUGGUGCGCAAAGUCUACUCGGACUCGUACAGCAAGAUCUUCAUCAUGGCGGCGGGUAUUGCGGCCGCUGGGUUCUUGUGCUCGCUGUUUGCUUGGAAUGGUAGCACGGAACCGUUGGGAGAUCGCCUGCUGCACAAGGCUGAGUUGCAGGAGGCUUGGGCGAGUGAGGAUGCUGCUGCGGAGAAGGAGUCGGAGAAGAGUAGUGAGGAUGUCUCCGACGGGAGUGUGCUACCUAGCAAGGUUUGA